AUGGAAAGGAAAACAGAUGGAAGGAUGAUGGUGGGAGAUGAGAAAGAAGGAAGGAGCAUCAACAAUUUACCUGACUCCAUUCUUCUUCACAUUCUCUCCUUCCUGGAGAUGAAAUACGUCAUGAGAACCAGUGUCGUGUCCAAAAGAUGGGAGGAUCUUUGGGUGUCUGUUCCCAAUCUCAUUUUCUCGCUCACAGAAUCUGAUGUGAAAUCACAAAUUCGUUUAGAUAAAAUCAUGAAUUUUGUCGAUAGAAUUCUCCUCCUUCACGAUUCGCCAAAAAUUCAAAAGUUCAGUCUCACUUGUACGGAAUGGUCUAGGUGUCUUAAUUGCUACCGUUUCAAUUCAUGGUUAUGUUCUUUAGUUAAACAUAAUGUUGAACAGCUCAAAAUCGAUUUUCGUAUGGAUGUGCAGCAGUUUAAGUGGCCUAAAGUCCUCGUUACUUGCAAGUCACUUGUAGAAUUACACCUUGAACAGAAGUUUUAUGUAAGAUUUCCUAGCUAUGUUUAUUUUCCGAAUCUCAAAGUUCUCCAAUUUUCUGUUAUCAACCCAAGGGAGAGCAUAAAUCAGAGUUUUUUUUGUGGAUUCCCUAUGCUUGAGAGUUUGAUCAUAGAUGUUUUCGUAAUUGAGGGUACUGAACCAUUAAUUGAUAUCAGUGCCCCCAAGUUGAGAAAGUUGAAGAUUAUAUACGCGGAUGAGUUUGAUGAUUUUCCCUUUGGACACAAUAUUAAGGUUUUGAUAAAUGCACCAAAUCUUGAACACCUUAUUAUUGACACUCAGUGUGGCCCUUGGUAUUUGAUAAAGAAUCAAUCCUCCUCUUUGGUGAGAGUAGAAAUUAAUGUUGAGCUGGACUAUUACUACGUAGAUGAUGAUACAUCUAACCGUGUACUUGUUCUUUUGAAAGAACUUUCUGAUGUAAAGCAUCUGGUGUUAUUUGAUCAAACUAUGAGGUUUUUGGCUCAAGUUAAUGAUCAUGCUCGUUUUACAUUUUCCAAUGUGACGUAUUUAGAGUUGAAAAAGUUGAGGGAGGUCUGCUUGUAUGAUCAUUCAGAUCUGUUUGGGAUACUUCAAAGCAUGCCUAUUCUUGAAUCUUUGUAUGCGAGCUUAUCAUUCACAGUUGGAGAUUAUGAUUCGAGUGAUGAAGAUGAUGAUUGGAUAAGAUGUACAAUCUGA